CAACUGUUGAGAUAAUCGCAGGAUUUUAUCCCUGCUUUUGUAUGAUUCAGGAUUGCCUCUGCUUGUGUUGGAAUAUUAAUGUGGUCAAGUUGGGCUUCAGCAAACCUUUAGUUAACAGCAAAACAGGUAGGUACCUACCUACUUAGCCGAGGAAAAGAAGAAAUUCGUUUGGCCUCUUAGUGGUCUUAUCGAAUUCCAACACUGCCCGCUAUGGCGACCAAAAAAGUUGCCCCUUAUGGCAAGUGGGAGAGUGCCAUCAGUAUUGAAGAUGCCACGGCGGGAGCCAAGAUAUUGUCGUCACCAAGGGCUUGUCCUCUUUCGGGAAGAACGUUCUUCCUAGAAAGCCUACCCGAUGGUCCCAACACCAUCAUGGAGGCAACCCGAGCCAGUGACGGUUCUGUGCAGGUCAAAUCCGUCCUACCAGAGCCGCACACAUGCAGCACCGACGUCUACGAGUACGGCGGCCUGCCAUACGCUCUCAUGUCCAACAAGGGCAGCCCCCUGAGCAUCAUAUUCUCCGACGCAAAGCACAACGCCCUCAAACUGCUGACCAUCGACUCGGGCAAGGUCGAAACCAUUCUGCACUCGUCCGUCCUGCGCUUCGCCGACUUUGACCCGCACCCACAGCAGCCCUCGCCGUGGAUCCUCUGCGUCGAGGAGGACCACACUAACCCGGCCCCGGACUAUGUGCGCAACUACGUCUCGGCCAUCAACCUGGAUUCCAAGACGGUCACCCGCAUCGCGGACACUGCGGAUUUCUACUCGUACCCACGCUUCAGCCCCGAUGGAGCCUGGGUCGCCUGGCGCGAGUGGAACCACCCGGGCUUGCCGUUCAAGGACGUCAAGCUGUGCUGGGCGCGCUGGAUGGGGGAUCAGGGGAGGCUGCUUGGUGACGUUGAGGUCGUUGCGGGUGAGGAUGGGCAGCUCGUGGGGGAGAUGCACUGGGCGCCUGAUGGGACGCUGUUUUUCACACACGAGCAGACGGGCAUGGAGUUUCGACAGCUUUUCACCGUCAAGCCUGAAGAGGGAAAAGGAAGUGCGAGGCAUUUCAAGCUGCAGGGUCUGGAAGGGGUUGAGUUUGGGGACGUCAGCUGGUUUCCCGGCUUCCAAACAUUCACGUUCCUCUCUGCCACAAAAAUGCUGGCGGUCUACACCAAGUUUGCAACCAGCCAUCUGAUCCACGUCGACAUCACUUCUCAGGAAUGGACUCCCCUUGACGUUUCACUUCACGACAUGCGACUCGAUCCCCUCUGCACCAUAACAGAAUCUUCCUUCCUGGUCCUGGGAAGCGGCCACACCACCCCUCCGGCCGUCUACAGCGUGACCCUGACACCCGAGGCCAAGAUCAAGGACAAGACCCUCCUGCACCGAUCAACCACCACCACCUUCCCCGAGUCGAUAUUCUCUACGCCGCAGCACAUCCAACUCGAGUCCAAAACCUCCAAGCCAACCCGGCCCAUCCACGGCUUCCUCUGGCCGCCGACCAACCCAAACUUCACCGGGCCGGAGGGAACCCCGCCGCCCCUCAUCGUCGGCACCCACGGCGGACCGACGGGCCACUGCACGCCGGGGCUGGACAUGCACAAGCAGUUCUGGACGUCGCGGGGCUACGCCGUCUUCUACAUCAACUACACGGGGUCGACAGCGCACGGCCGCCCGUACCGCGAGCGCCUGUUUGGGAACUGGGGCAUCCUGGACCGCGACGACGUGCCCGAGGCCGUGGACCACCUGGCGUCGCGCGGGCUGGUGGACCGGGACCGCGUGGGAAUCGAGGGGGGCAGCGCAGGCGGCUACCACGUGCUGCAGUCGCUGGUCUGGCAUCCUGACGUCUUUGCCGGCGGCAUCUGCUACUGCGGCGUCUCGGACGUCUCGGCGCUGGACGAGGAGACUCACAAGCUUGAGUCGAGGUACAUGGAGCUGCUCGUGCUGCAGCCGGGCAUGACGGAGGAAGACAAGAAGGCGAGGUUCAGGGAGCGCAGUCCGCUUUUUCAUGCCGAGCGCAUCACGGCGCCACUGCUGCUGGUUCACGGUGACAAGGAUACCAUCGUGCCCAUCAGUCAGUCGGUCGAAAUUAGAGACCGGGUCAGGGAUAAAGGGGGUGAUGUCAAGCUUGUGGUUCUACCGGGGGAUGGGCACGACUUUAAAAAGGUGAAUAAUUUGAAGCUUUGGAUUGAGGAGGAGGUAAAGUGGUGGGAGAAGACGCUGGUGAGGUGAGGAAAGGUUGAAAAGACUAGGUAGGGAUAGGUGGUAGUGAUGUUGAGAUGCUGUAAGGGGUAACCAAGAGAAACGUUGAACAUGUUGAGCUUUUUGUUCUCUUUUUUGCCCAUUCAGCAAUUCUUUUUUUUUUUUUUUUUGCAACGAUAGAUAUCUAUGUAAAUCUCGGAGGAGCCGAUGCACGAGACACC